AUGAAGAUAAUUAUAUAUUUUUGCAUUUGGGCAGCAGCAUGGGCUAUUCCAGUUCCUCAAAUCAAGCCACUGGAGAGACAUGCUGUUGACAAAUCUACAAAUUUAAAUCUUCUGGAAAAAGCAAAAGUGCCAAUACAGGAUGAGUUAAAUGCCAAUGAUACUACUGAAGAAAGUGGUGACCCCCAUGAAAAUCAAAGAGGAAGGCAACAAUAUACCAGAGAUAGUUACAAAGAAGAAAGAAAUGGUUCUGAGUGGGUAAAAAUAGGAGGGAAAAGUUCUUCUACAGAUUCCAUGUUAGUAAAUGAUGAGGGGAAUAGUGUGGACCAAAAUGGGGUCACAGGAAAACCAGAAACAUAUGGUUAUGAUGGGAUACAUGGAAAAGAAGGUAGCACCUCAGCAAAUGGCAUCAGGGGACAAGUAAGCAUCAUCGACAAUGCUGGAAUAGCAAAUGGAAGCGAUAUUAACAGAAAUGCUGAUAAAAAUUUAAACAAUGGAGGAGUUGUUGGAGAUGCAAGUCAGAGUGAGAAUGCCACUGUUGUCCAAGAAGAAGACCAUCAAAUAGGUAGAAGCAAUAACAGUACAGGCCAUGAAGAUGAAAUAAAUAGGAAUGCCUGUAGAAAUGAGGGUGAUACAAGUGAAAUAACACAUCAGAGAGAAAGUGAGGGUAAUGGGAAUCAGGAGGCAGAAGUAACACCAGAAAGAAGGGGAUCUGGCAAUGGAGAAGAUGCUGGCCUGGAUAAUUCUGAUGGGAGUCCUAGUGGAAAUGGAGCAGAGGAGGAUGAAGAAACAGGUUCUGGUGAUGAUGAAGGUGAAGAAACAGGGAAUGGAAAAGAGGGUACUGAUAACAGGAAGGGCCAAGAGGGUCAGCCUCAUGAAAAAGAUGACAACGAUAACAGCUUAGGUCAAAAUUCAAUUAGUAGUGAAGAUGAUGACCCAGAAGACAAAGAAGAUCCCCAUGACAUCGAUGGAGACAACACCUCCAAGAGUGAGGAGGAUUCUGAUGGUAUUUCUAAAGACAAAGUUAGCCCAAUAAUAGAGGACAUGCAAAAGCCCAAUUAUGAAGAAAACAAUGCUGUGGAAAAGAAAAUCACUGAUGAAUCAGAGCUAGGUGAUACUGGGAAGAGUCAAAAUAAGGGAAUAGAAAUGGAAGGUCCCAGUAGUGGCAACAGAAACAUUACCAAAGAAGCUGGGAAAGUCAGUGAAGAUAAAGAGAGUAAAAGACAACAAGGAAUGGUCAUGGGAAAAGGAAAUGUCAAGACACCAGGGGAGACUGACAACAUACAAGGGCUUGGUCAGAAAUCAGAACCUGGAAAUAAGGUUACACGCAGCAAAACAGGUAGUGAAAGUAAUAGUGGUGGAUAUGACAGUUACGAGUUUGAUGACAAAUCUAUGCAAGGAGAUGAUCCCAACAGUAGUGAUGACUCUAACAGCAAUGAUGAUGCUGAUUCUGAAGGUGACAAUGACAGCAAUAGCCAAGGAGACAUUGGUUAUAACUCUGAUGAAUCAACAGAUAAUGGCAAUGACAGUGACUCAAAUGGAGGAGGUGAUAAUGACAGUGAUAGCACAUCAGAUGCUAAUGAUAGUGACAGUAAUGGCAAUGGUAACAAUAGGAGUGAUGCCAACGGCAAAUCAGACAGCAGUAAAGAUAAAUCAGACAGUAGUGACAGUAGUGAUAGCAGCGACAGCAGUGACAGUAGCGACAGUAGUGACAGCAGCGACAGUAGCGACAGCAGCGACAGUAGUGAUAGCAGUGACAGCAGUGACAGUAGUAACAGCAGUGACAGUAGCGAUAGUAGCGACAGCAGCAACAGCAGUGACAGUAGUGACAGCAGUGAUAGUGACAGUAGUGACAGCAGUGACAGCAGUGAUAGCAGUGACAGUAGUGACAGCAGCGACAGCAGUGACAGCAGUGAUAGCAGUGACAGCAGUGACAGUAGCGACAGCAGUGACAGUAGCGACAGCAGUGACAGUAGCGACAGCAGCAAUAGCAGUGACAGCAGUGACAGUAGUGACAGCGGUGAUAGUGACAGUAGUGACAGCAGUGAUAGCAGUGACAGUAGUGACAGCAGCGACAGCAGUGACAGUAGUGAUAGCAGUGACAGCAGUGACAGUAGCGAUAGCAGUGACAGCAGUGAAAGUAGCGACAGCAGUGACAGUAGCGACAGCAGUGACAGUAGUGACAGCAGCAACAGCAGCGAUAGCAGUGACAGCAGCGACAGCAGUGACAGCAGCGACAGCAGUGACAGUAGUGAUAGCAGUGACAGCAGUGACAGCAGCGACAGAAGUGACAGUAGUGACAGCAGUGACAGCAGUGACAGCAGUGAUAGCAGUGACAGCAGUGAAAGUAACGAUAGCAGUGACAGCAGUGACAGCAGUGACAGUAGUGACAGCAGCAACAGCAGUGAUAGCAGUGACAGCAGUGAUAGCAGUGACAGCAGCGAUAGCAGCAAUAGCAGUGACAACAGUGACAGCAGUGACAGCAAGUCAGACAGUAGUGACAGUAGUAACAGCAGUGAUAGCAGCGAUAGCAGUGACAGCAGUGACAGCAAGUCAGACAGUAGUGACAGUAGUAACAGCAGUGAUAGUAGCGACAGCAGUGACAGCAAGUCAGAGAACAGUGAUAGCAGUGACAGCAGUGACAGCAAGUCAGACAGUAGUGAAAGCAAUGAUAGCAGUGACAGCAGUGAUAGCAGCGACAGUAAAUCAGACAGUAGUGACAGUAGUGAUAGCAGCAACAGUAGUGACAGUGACAGUAAAUCAGAUAGCAGUGAUAGCAGCAACAGCAAAUCAGAUAGUAGUGACAGCAGUGACAGUGACAGCAGUGAUAGCAGCGACAGUAAAUCAGAAAGCAGUGACAGCAGCAAUAGCAAAUCAGAUAGUGACAGCAGUGACAGUAGUGACAGUGACAGUAAAUCAGACAGCAGUGACAGCAGCAAUAGCAAAUCAGAGAGUAGUGACAGCAGUGACAGUGACAGCAGUGACAGCAGUGAAAGUGACAGCAGUGAUAGUGAUAGCAGUGAUAGCAGCGACAGCAGCGACAGUGACAGCAGUGACAGUGACAGCAGCAACAGCGACAGCAGCAAUGGUAACAGCAGCGACAGCAGUGACAGUGACAGCAGCGACAGCAGUGACAGUGACAGCAGUGACAGCAGUGACAUCAGCGACGGCAACAGCAGCGACAGCCACAGCAGCGAUAGCAGUGACAGUGACAGCAGUGACAGCAGUGACAGCAGCAACAGUGACAGCAAUGGCAGUAGUACCGGUACAUCUGACAGUCACAGCAAGACCAAGAGUCACAGCAAGACCAAGUCUGCCAAUGGCAACAAUGGAAGUGACAGUGAGAGUGACAGUGAAGGCAGUGACAGCAAUCACUCAACCAGUGAUGAUUAG